AUGUCGGACGUGGGUGAAACUCGGCCUGAGCCGCCCUUUCUAGUUCGCCUCUUCUACAACUCCGGCUCACUGAUCCACCCAGAAAGCUUUGUUGAUCCAGCACUGCUCUCGUCCAUCAACAUUUACACCUGGGCAUCAUGCACUCUUCAAGAAUUGAUUUAUGAGCUAGCGGAUGCUCGGCCGAAUCCGCUUCCUUCACCAGCCAUAGGCACAAGAGUGGUCUUCCAGCAUGUAUCUCCUGAUCUGAAAAGUGUCAGCUCCGUGGGCGGUGGAAGAGCCAAGUUCGCCGUCAAGGAUCUUGGCAGUAGCGUGCUAGGUGCUGGCGGUCCAGGCGCUGAGGAUGACGAGCAUCCGAAUGAGAAUAGAGGCUUUGGCAGUACAUGGACACUACAGGACGCACAUUUUGCGGCUGGGGACUACAUUUCAUGCGCGUUACUGCCACCCUUGGAUGACGGGUCUGUUGCGCCUGCCUACGAUGCCAUAAAAUCACAGCAGACUCCAAGACGAGCAGUGCCCGUUCAGCCAGCUGCUUUUGGCAACCGCCGAAACAAUUAUAGCCAGAAUUCUCGAAAAUGGGACGAGAAUGAGCCUCCCCGAACUUCGCGCGGCGAUUGGUGGGUGGAUAAUCAGCGGCAACCGCCCAGCCGCGGGAGAGGUAGAGGUCGUGGCAGAGGUCGGUGGUGA